AUGACGCGAAUCUCCGUCUACAUGCCCGUCCUCGUGGCCUUUGUCGCCGCGAUGAGUAUGAUUCUCGCCUCCAUCGCCACCCCCAACUGGGUAUCCUACUCCGUCACGACGCCCAAGGGCGACACGUUCGACAGACACAUUGGCCUGCACAAGAGCUGCUCCAGCAUCGACGACCCCCCCUGCCGCAGCUUCCCCUCGCCCGCGCUGUGCGAGGAUGGUGAGCGGUACCUCUGCUCCAUGUGGCGCACUAUCGGCUUCUUGGCUUCUCUGGCUGCCAUUCUCUGUCUCGCCAACCUCGUCACCUUUGGCGUCAUCAUUCGCGGGGGCAAGUACAAGCGCGAGACGGGCUGGCCGGUCAUCGGAGCCAUGCUGCUGCUUGUUUCCGUCGUCGAGUUUGCCGUCAUCUCCAUGGUGGCAUAUCUAUUCGAAAACGACGACCAGUUUACCAUUCCCGGCUGGAACCUCGACGUCUCCUGGUACCUCGGUACCGCGAGUGCCUCCAUCUGUCUGCUCGCCGCCGUCGCCUUGGCCUCAUCUGCAUACCUAUUACCGCCGGAACAAGGCUACGAGUUUUUGGGGGACUCCGUCAAUGCCUAG